GGUGAAGCUUUAUUAAUUCUUCUAGGAAAUACCCUUGAUAUUGUAAUCUUACAUCUAUCUCAUCAUCUAUCUUGUCCUAUUCUCUUCUUUGGCAUCCACUUCUGGUUUAUUAGAAGUUCCAUGACUUUACUCUUUCCUUUCUUUCCUCUCCUCUCUGAUCUCUGGUUCUCUCCUCUACCAUAUACACACAGACACACAGACACUCAUUUUUCUCCUCUCCUCUCUUCCCUCCCCUCUCUCCAAAUCCCUCCUUCGAUCCAUCACCCUACAUGAUUGGAAAGCUGGAUCAAUGCCCUCGUGGAGAAGAAACAUUACACUUCUCCAUCUUCCAUCUUUAUCCAAAAUAACAGAAAACCUUACUCACCACCACCACAUGAAUUCAUAGUCGUCACAUCGCCCGUGCUUUUACAAGUUGCGUCUUACUUACUCUACACAUACCUACUUUGUCGAACCAAAAUAACGAAACGAUGAUGAUAUAAAGACUUUCAAGGGAUUUUCGAGGGAGAUAUUAUACUCCAUUCAUUCAUCCAUUCAUCCUUUGAGUAUCGUAUCCAUCGUAUCUCGCUCAAGGCACUCACUCUUCUCCUUUCUACCUUUCUCUCCAUCCCAUCUCCACUUAAUUCGCAGCUGUCAACGCGGCACAUUUUCACACUAGAAAGUACCGGGAAAGGACGAACAAACGAUCCAGAAAGUUAAUUGAUCAAUAUCCACCAAAUAAAUCAAAAGAUUAUCUCUCUUUCUCUCAAUCAUCUUACGCACUUCAAGUACUCACACACACACACACACUCUCUCUCUCUCUCUCUACUAUAUUAUCAUUCUUUACAUUCUUUUCUUCUUUCUAUCGUGUAACCUUGAACCCUUUCUCAAACGUCUUUUGCAAAACCGUCUUUUAUUUUCUCGCCAUUCUUUCCUUUUUUCUAUUCGUGUAACCCUCUGAACCCUUUCUCAAACGUCCUUUUCAAAACGGUCUUUGAUUUUCUCGCCAUCCUUUCCGACUUUAGUUAGAUUUCCUUUGAAAAUUAGUCGACCCGAUCCUCCCGCAAACGCCAUCUUAUAGCUUCGGCUCAUUGCGAAAUUCCAAGCUAUCCUCCACUCAUAGCCACUCAGGGUCCAGAUUCAUUAUCGAACAUUUCCAUUGCCAUUGCCAUUGCCAUCUCGCUUUCGAUUUCGACAAUUGGUCGACAAUUGAUCGAAUUUCUAUACUUUUCCCUCUUCCCAACCACUUCUCUCACAGUCAUAUAACAUCAUUGAAGAAUGCCAUUAUCUUCACCCAUUCUCAUGACUUACCCUAGCCCUCCUAGAAGAGCUGGAGGUUUCCUACGAUAUAUCAUUGGCGCAAUAGGAAUCCUUCUACUAGUCUUUUACUUUAGAAGUUCAUCUGAAUCGUCAUCUUUCACGUAUAUAACCCCCCCAGUACCCGAUACGCCAACAUCAAAAGUAUCUUCCAUACCAUACUCAGAAUCCCUUCCCGAUACGCCAAUAUCAAAAGUAUUUUCCGUACCAUACUCAGAAUCUCUUCCCAAUCACGAAUUACCCAUUUCCAAACCGAAGCAAGAACAUCCUAUCGAUACUUUAAUCGCCAAUGCAGAAAAGACUCUGGAUGAACUAUUGCAAAAAGAAAGUCAUGACAUCACUGCCGCCGCGGCAGAAUAUCGCAAACGCAGAGGGAGACAUCCACCCCCAGGAUUUGAUGCAUGGUUUCAAUUUGCCCAAGAUAAUAAUGCCGUCAUGGUGGAGGACUUCUUUGAUCAAAUAUAUCAUGACUUAGGUCCAUAUUGGGGAGUGACUCCAGCGAGAAUGAGAACACAAGCUAGAGAUGCUGGCAUGGUGAUAAGCAUUCGAAAUGGUAACGCAACGGCAGAUAGUGACUGGUUCUGGACGCAAAUUUGGUUGCAAUUGAUUGGAACCAUACAAAAAGAUUUACCCGAUAUGGAUAUUCCACUCAAUGCUAUGGAUGAACCAAGAAUGGUGGCUCAAUGGGAAUUGAUCAAUGAGAAUAUGGAAGUUGAGAGAGCUACUCGGCAACUCGCGGAUGUCAAUGUGGUAUCGCAGGAUUACGGAAGUUUGCCUCCUCCAAGACGUGCUGGAAGUGGGGAACCAGACGCACCCGUAAGAGAAUGGGAAACUUCAGGUCCAUAUUGGAAAAUUGCUACUAGAGGUUGUCAUCCAGAUAGUCUUGCACGUCGAGCGGAAGUUAUGACUGACUUUUCGAAAACACCUACUAUUUCGAUGGGCCAUUCUUCUUUACAUACUUUUAAAGGUUACGUUUCGAAUUAUAGUCUCUCGGCCGAUUUUUGUCAUCAACCAGAUUUACAGUCUCUUCAUGGAAUGAUGAUUAAUCCUCUCUCAAUCUCUUCAACUCAAGAAUUAUACCCUCUUUUCGGUGGUUCCAAACUGCCAACAAAUAACGAAAUUUUAUUACCGGCACCAAUGUAUUGGGCGAAAGAAGAAAGAUUUACAGGUGGUGAUGAUCAUGGAGUUCCUUGGCAUCAAAAAUUAAAUAAAGUCAUUUGGAGAGGUGUCGCUACAGGAGGUCGAAACAAAGAAGAUAAUUGGAAAGGAUUUCAGCGGCAUCGCUUCGUCUCCAUGACAAAUCAUACAUCAGUAUCUCGAGCCGAAUCUUGGGAAACGAUUCCUCCCAAUUUCGCCCUUCCAACUUCGAUAUAUAAUAUUGGUGCACAACAAGAAAAUCGUUUGGGAGAUUGGGUACAAGAAUGGUCUGAUACAGCAUUUAUCGAAUUGAUGUGUGAUGAAAAUCGAAAAGAUGGGACUUGUCCUUAUACAGAUCCAUAUUUCUCGAUUGAGGAAGGACAAAAAAUGAGUCAACAAUUCAAGAAUAAGUAUAUUCCUGACAUUGAUGGCAAUUCUUUCUCGGGAAGAUAUCGAGGUUUCUUACUUUCUUCGAGUUUACCAAUCAAAGCAACUAUUUUCCGCGAAUGGCACGAUUCACGACUUAUUGCUUGGAAGCAUUUCGUACCAAUGGAUAAUAGAUUUAUGGAUUUCUAUGGCAUCAUGCAAUAUUUCUUAGGUUAUGAAGGAGAGAAUUUUAGAUUUGAAGGACAUGAUGAGGAAGCGGAGAAGAUUGCAAUGGCAGGACAAGAGUGGGCGAAUAAAGUAUUGAGGAGAGAGGAUAUGCAGAUUUAUGUAUUGAGGUUACUGUUGGAGUACGCACGCGUCUCUAAUGAUAACAGGGCGAAUCUGGGAUUUGUGAAGGAUCUCUUGUGAUGGAACUUUUUGAGAAGAGUAGUGGGAAAAGGUGAUUGAGGAGUGAGGUGGGGAGGUUUCUUCGAUUUUCGUUUCGUUUUAUGGAAUAGGGCUUUGCUUCUUUUCGGCUGGGAAUAUGACUGGCAUAGGGAAUUCUAUGCGUAUGGUAUGAAAAAUAGCGUUUUGGGGGAAUCUACAGCGGGUGGCGAAUGGUGUAAUGGAAAUGACUCAAACAAUGAGUCGGGGCGUUUUUUGGUAUUGGAAUUUUGGGAACCUCGAAGACGAGUUUUUAGACCGGGAAAGAUGGAGACAGUCGAUAGAGAGGAAGAUAAAAGGGACGAAAAAGAGAGAAAGGGGGUGUGUUUGUCUUGAUUUUUGAGCGAAGAUGAUCUUUUUGUGAUGAGCGAAAAUAAGCGAAAAUUAAGGAGGAAAUGAGGACGAUACUUGCAGUGAUUAUACCCAUAGAUUAGAUGGAAAAGAAUCUCAAUGAUGAGAUGAGAUGAGAAUAAAUGGAUCAGCUUACAAGUUUAGAUGUGUGUAAAAUCUCUAUGAUUUUGAUGUGAAUAAGGUAAAUAGGGAAAUGAGAUGUCGUCUGUUUGUUGUUUUGAGUCUUGAGUGAUUGAUUGGG